AUGACCGACAGUAUACUCGGUAGAUGCACAGCAGAUAAAGAGCCAGAAGGGAGUCCAGCGUCUAAUGUGAUUUAUCGUUACACGAGGAUGGUUGUAGUAGCAACGACGGAGAUGGGUUCGAACACUGGUGAAGGAAGACGAGAGCAUACGUUGCCCUUGGCAUACGGGACGUUGACUACUGCUGAGCUAUGUUUGGGUGGCUCGACCUAUGCACCACUUGGCCUGCCAAAGAGAAUAUUUGCAAUCCGAUGGAAAAGUCGGGAUCGGGACUCUGUAUCGUGGGCUGACAUAACGUCGGUGACGCCAGAGUGUGAAUGCGAUGCUGGUAGGCGGUACUACCUGAAUAUUUUUGCACUGAUAUUUGCGCCAUCGAGAGAUCAUAGAAAGCACAUAUUAUUCUUGUACCAAAUGAUGACAGAACCAUGGUUCGAACCGGACUUUUGGUCCGGUUCUCCGCGGUUCGGUCCAUGGUUCUCGCGCCAGCCAGAACCGGACCGGAAAACGGUUCUCGGUUCUAGAUCUUCCCAAACGGUCCAGUUCUGGUUCGGCCUUCCCGAACCAUUCUGA